AUGAAGAUGAAACUGAAGCUAGAGCUGGAGCAAAACCCUAGCGAAGGAGAUCCAAAGAGGAAAUGGGUUUCUGAUGUUUUUACUAAUAUUAUUUUUGAGGAGGGACUGAGGGGCUCGGUAUGGAUUACGGAAGAGUCUGGGGGUAAUUUAAAAGGAAGCUUGCUCGAAAGUCGAAAAGUCCACGACCUCACGACUUCCAUAACCAGCUAUAUAGUAAAUUCAGACAACAGUAGCUCUCUUCGUCUGUCGACCAACUAUCUAGAAACCCAAGCUCUCCGACCCACAAGUUCUAUUUAUCCUUUGUCCCAAUCCGGCGAAGGUACCUUUUAUUAUGGAGGAAGGUUGGGAAGGACGCAUGACAGCACAUUCCACCAGCGUCAAAUAAGAUUCAAGGGAUCUUAA